UUCGAAUACGAAGGAUCGCUCAUCUCAGUUUCGCCAUGACAUGGCUUACUGUAGUACUGUUGUUAUGUGCAAUAUGCUACAGCAAAUGUAUUGAACACAAYGACCUCAUGAMCAAGCAUGAUGAAUUYCURUUUAGUGSUUUUCCUGGGUCCAUUUUAUUCUUUCCAAUCCACACCAAAGACAUCCAGCAACAAACCACUCAAGUUCCUAAUAAAAUGGAGUGUGUCUUUGCAUGCCUUGAAGUUCCUUGGUGUCAAUCGAUGAAUUUUCAAACCACAGCCCAGAAUAAUGGACUUCACGUAUGUGAGCUGUUAUCAACCGAUAAACAUACUCACCCGAAGAACAUGACACGAAACGACAUAUUUACUCAUUUCAGCAUGAAGAGUCCUUGUGAACCACAACCUUGUGUCAAUGGUGGCACCUGCAGCCUUCAGAAUAACAGGCAGGAAUAUCGCUGUCAAUGUACGAAACAUUUCGGCGGAAAAAUGUGCCUAAAUGGUAAUCCUGAAUAUUGCGAUUUUGAAAUCGACAUGUGCCUGUGGACUAGCGACCCACGAAAUACCUACAGGUGGUACCGCAAGAAAGGAUCCACCUCCACUUCAUCAACUGGUCCCACUGGUGAUGUAACAGUACCUUUGAACAAAGCAGGUUUUUACGUCUACGCUGAGGCUUCAAUUGUAGCGGUAAACAAGAGAACAGAGCUUCGCAGUCCGGUAUUUACCGCUAAUUCUGGACGAUGUCUUCAGUUUGCAUACCACAUGUAUGGAUCAGRCAUGGGAUCAUUGAAUGUCUAUAUAAUAGAUGUGCACACAGGAACAAAGAAUAUGACUUUUACGCAAAGCAGUAACCAGGGACGGAAGUGGUAUAGAGCAAGUGCAAAUGUUACAAGCCCUAAUGAUUAUAAGGUUGUGUUUGAAGUCAUUAGGGGAACAAACGCUUAUAGUGACGUAGCACUGGAUGAUAUAUUCCUUCAAGAUGGCGAGUGCACUGGUUAAGGACCAACAAGUACAACCCAUACACAUCCGUCAGUGCACGGCUGCUUCACGUCCCUGGACCGCCGCCCGUCCCAAUAGACCCUUUUCGAGUUCCAAAUUAUCGCUGUGUUUCUUGAUU